CGCGCGCGGGUGGAUAGCUUGACAGUACUGAACGCGUGAGCGCGCGCGCGCGCGUGUGUGUGUGUGCGCGUGUUUACUCCGCGCGCGCUCUCUCCACCCUUCGGACGGAAUAAGAGAGAGAGAGAAAGAGAGAGAAGAGAGGGUGAGCCCCGACACCGGCUCUGAGAAUAAACUACUGUGGAAGAGAAAGAGAGAGAGAUAGAGCGGAGGAAAAAAAGGAAGAAGGGAAGGAGAGAGAGAGAAAGAGAGAAGACUGUUUACCCCAGAAGACAACGGUUGCUUUUAAUUUCCAAGGUCAAACCGUCCAGCCCGCAAAACCGUUAAACCGCACAGACGCGCUCAGAGACUGGGAGGUGACGGAGCAGCGCGCCGAGGAUGGAUCAGGCGUACGGAGCGGGCAAGGCUGGAGGAGCCUUCGACCCGCUGGCCUUCUUCCAGCAGCCGCAGACCAUCCUGCGCCUCGUGUGCUGGAUCUUUUCCAUCGUGAUCUUGGGCUGCAUAGCUAAUGAAGGUUAUGUGAACCGGCCAGACGAGGUGGAAGAAUACUGCAUCUUCAACCGCAACCAGAAUGCCUGUAACUACGGUGUGGCUAUGGGCUCGCUGGCUUUCCUCAGCUGCGCAGCAUUCCUGGCCCUCGAUGUCUACUUCCCACAGAUCAGCGGAGUCAAAGACCGCAAGAAAGCUGUCCUCGCUGACAUCGGCCUCUCAGCAUUCUGGUCUUUCAUAUGGUUUGUCGGGUUCUGCUUCUUGACAAACCAGUGGCAGGUGGCCAAACCAGAAGAUAACCCCUUAAAAGAAGGUGCAGAUGCAGCAAGAGCAGCCAUCACCUUCUCUUUCUUCUCCAUCUUCACCUGGGGAGCUCUAACUUUUCUGGCUCUGGAGCGUCUAAAGCGAGUAUCGUUUGAAGAGGAGUACGACAAACUCUUCACCCCUCAAACUCCUCCCCCUUUUGUUUAACAUGCAACAGUAUAUCUACAUCUGCUUACAUCUGUGACAUCUAUUCUCUCUGUUUGUGGCAUGAUCCACUUUCACACUUUCUUAGUGUGUUUGUGCGGACUGUUGUAUUUAAGAAGGACGACCACAGUACAUAUACACUUACUAACUGGAUAUUGGAUCUGAUCAGGUCUGUUCAAUAAUGGUGGAUUGCAUCAGGAGUUAAGUACAGUUAAUACAGACUGUUACAUAGGAAGAAAUAUUAAUUCAUGCAGAUAUUGCUACAGUGCACCAACGUGUCCAAAUAGUUUUUUUCUUUUGGUUGUUUUAUUUUUAGAGUCACAAUCAGGGAUUAGUGACAUCGGUUUUUUAAAAGACUAUUUGUGUAACCUGCACUUUGUAGUUCAGUUAAAUCAAAGUCUGUUCUGUGAUUUGAUUGGGCAGGUGUGAAUACAGGUUUGUUUGUGGUAAUAAUUUGAUCUGUCCUCAGUCUGACCCAACUAUCAUCUGGUUCGAGCUAAGUGGCUGUACAGGUGCAGUUUAACCUGAUAUAUUGUGUGGAUAUUUAAUAGAGCUAUGAACAAAUGCCAUUGUUCCUAUGUGGUCUAAGGUGUAAAAACAUAAAUUUUUGCUAUAUUCCCUGUUGUUUACUACAAAAACGAGACAUAAUAUAUGGUUUAUUUUCUUUAUGUUGGUGAACUAAUACAUUUCUUUUGUACUCUUGUGGUUCUGAAAUGAUUUUAUUUGAUUUAUUUCAUUUAUUUCAUUUAUUGUAUUCAGUUUUAUUUACAGCUUUGACAAGUGUUCACAUUUAGAAUAACUGGACAAAAAGACGUAAACGUAUACCCUGAUGUAAAGUGAUGUGGUCAAGUGAUGCUAAAGCUGCUCUUACACUGUAAACAGUAUGCACUGUGCUUGCUAGUUGGGUGCAAAAGUGGGAGGUAAGAGGUCAUUUCUGUAGUUAAUAGAAAGAAAAGAACAUUUUGAUUUAGGCUAUAUAUAUGUUUUGUAUAUUAUUGUACUUGUUGUACAGCUCUUUGUGUUCAUAAAUACAUUGGAAAAAAAGCAUUUCUCUGUGCUGACACAUCCACUGCUUUCUUAUUGGAUACACUGAAACACAGCAAACGUUUAAACAUUCAAGCUGUAUUUGACACUGUGCAAUAUAUGCAAGCCCAGCAAUUCAUUUUCAUGGUUCAGUGUGAAAGCAGCUUAAGUCAGAAAGUACUGAAAUUACUAAAUUGUGUCUUAUUUGUUCAUAAACUGGACCAAGCUUCUCAAGAAUGUGCUUUGCCUAAUUUAGUCCUGAACACUGAUCUCAUCAGGUCAUAACCCUGUGUAGGGACAUGACCUUUUUCCUGUUUCUGCAUCCACAUCUGACCUCUAGAGGGCGCUGCCACAUUACGAUAUUACUAUGGCUGCUGCAAUUAUUCGCUUUGACUUGAGCUGUUUUGUAAAAUAUAUUUCCUUUAUUUGAUAUCAGUAUUAUUGUAUGACCUGAUUUCUUAUUUUUAGGCAUCAUUCCAAUCAUAUUUGUUUACUAUUCAAAGUAUCUUCUGUUCAUACAACAUACAACUACCUGCACUGCUGUUUUAUAAGUUUAUAUCAAAACUGUAACAGGUGGUUCAUAUCUAGUUGAAAUAUUGAAGUAAACAUCUAAAAAAUGAUAAAUUUAAGUCUGCAUUGCUUAUAUUUUUUAGACAUUCCAAAUCUUUGUAUUGUAGUGCAUUUGUCUGGCUUGACAGAUUUUGUGAUUAUUAUAUAUGUGCUGCUCAUUACCUCCAGUUUUUUGCUUUUUUUAUUAAACA